AUGACGUUCAUAAACCGACAGGUGAAGAACACGGCACAGUUAAAUGCCAACUACCUGCUCAUCGUAGUUGUCGUGUCCAGUGUCCUUGGAGUAGCUCUGGUGAUCUCCAUGUCAGUGACCACCUACGCUUUCCUCAGAAAGAAGAAAGCCAAGGGUGAAGGGAAGAGCAAGAAAUCCCCCAAAGAGGGCAGCAGCUACCUUCCCUCCUUCACCGCAUUCAAGAGCAACAAGAACAAGGGCAUGAGCGAUACGGGCAUGACCUUCGGCAAUAUGGCCACAGAGGGCAGCAAACCAGCGUUUCAGUUUCCACGUGUUGGCAACAACAGCAAUGCCAUGGAGAUGACCACUGGCAUGGGCAAUGGUUAUGGCCGUCCCAACACCAACUCGAUGGACCGUGCAAAUAGCCCGAACCAUUACUACAGCACCGUCCAGCCCAGCACGGACAACAAGAGUGGCUACGGUGGGUUGGGUGGGGUCCGUGCCCAGGCCAACGGCACCGGCAUGAAUGGCUACGGUGGCGGUGCCAGCACAGGUGUAGGUGGAGGUCUGGGUGGUGUUCGCGCCCAGGCGGGUUCAGGCUAUGACAGAGGCAGUAGCAUGAAUGGCUAUGGUAGUGGUGCUAGCACACCCACCAACACAGGCGGGGGUAUGGGCGGGGGCUAUCGUGCCCAGGCCAAUCAGAGUGGAGGCUACGGUGCACAGACCAAUCAGGGCUUUGCUCUGCCUCGAGUUGGCCAAUCCCAAAGCAGCACUCCCUUCAACCCCUACAGCAAUAGCAGAAACCCAUACUAGAGCUGCGAUACCUUACUGUUAGAGAGAGAACAGACAAACUGAGACGAGCAGACAGAAUAGAACAGAACAGAACAGAGACGAACAGACAGAACAGAACAGAAAGGCAGGCACAUGGGAGGGAAAGGGGUUAAAUGUUUAGGCACAGAAUCAAAAUAAUCAACAGAAUCAAUAGUCCUUUAAACCACAAAACAAUGUGCAUUUCAGCUUCCUUUUGGCUGGAAAUUAACCUUAUAAUACAAAAUACAUAAUACAUGUUUGACUGAACAAUAUGAUGACACUAAAGGCAUGUUUUUCAGUUUCUAUGUUUAUACAAUGUAUUGCACCUUGUUUUUCUGGGGAAGAAUAUGCACCUUUGCUCGAUGUAUAACUACAACUGUAUUCUCAUUGAAAUUCAAACUGAUGAUGUAUGCUGAUGUAUCAAUUUUGAAAAAAAAAGAAUGUGAAUUCGUUCUGUAUGAGAUAUGUAUGCAGGUUUGUUACAAUCCUGACAUAACAUCAUUAUAAAUUACUUAUGUAUAGCGCUAUUGCAAACUCACCAUUGUUGAGUCACAUAUCAUUUGGAUAGCUAACUAAAGAGAUGUGAAUCCUUGAUAAAACUAUCUGCUGCUGCUAAACAUUUUCUUUACAUUUUCUUAUUCAGUUUAUUAUUAAUAUUAUUUAAUUGAGGCUGUGUUUAUUGAGAGACUUUAA